GCUCUCAACUUCCAGGAAUCAGAAGGCUAGUUCUGAACCUUAGAUGCUUUAACCUAUAAAAACCGUAUAACAAAGAUUAAAAAACUGGCCACACCCUAGCGUGCUGCCCAGCCGCCCCGCACUGCCUUGUACAGGCUUGACGUCAACCAUAGAGAGGGAAGGACCUCCCUCCGCCGCUGUGCUGUCCCGCCUUAUUUCUCGGUUUGAAACAUGGCCGCCCUAGCAACGGAGGCGCUUGUGGCAGCGACCAAGUACCAACAGAAUGACAGCUGUUUUAGUGCUCCAGAUGCUCUUCAACAUUUUCAGAGCUGGAAGAUCAAAACUGAUCAAGUUAAGAAAGCUGAAUUUGUAAGAACAAGCAAUAAACUAAAAAAUCAACUUGUGAACCUUGAAAAGGAUAAAAAUAUUCUUCUCUUCAAUAAGAAGAGUGAUUUUAGGAUAGAAUAUUACAAAUUGGAAGAACUGGAACACAAAUUGACUAAAGACCGAAAAACGGAAAAGGCGAAAAUCCAGCAAAAACUGACCAAAAUCCAUAGUACUGUUCAGGGACUUCAGCAACAGCUAAAAGAUGUGAAACCAACUCCAGAAUUUGUUGACAAGCUUAGAGAAAUGAUGGAAGAAGCUGAAACGACAAUAAGUGCUUUUAAAGAAGAGCAGCGACAAAUUUAUGAUGAACUUCUGAGAGAGGAGAAGAUGACUACAAAUGAGAUUAAUGCUUUGGAAAGAAAAAUUGAGAUGUGGGCUGUAGGAACUUCAGCAACUGCAAGAAUUUCCAAGCAAUAUGUAUUUCCAGUACAUAAGGAAGUCCAAAAUCAACUUCCUGAAGAAGUCCUUGAGCUUGAAAGAUUUCUCCAGCAAACUGGAGGAAGGCAAGGAGGUUGGGAUGAAUGUGAUCAUCUAGUCUUCCUAAAAAUUUGGAGAAAACAUAAAGGAAAACCAUCAUACAUCACUGAAACCCUUGAUUACCUCCCUGAUAGAACAAAGGAAGACAUUCAAUCACAUGAGAAAUGGCAUCAAGAAUUUCUCAUUUUAGAGUCACAUAAAAAGGAGGCCAUUCAAAAAUGGAAGAUGAAGAAACAUGAAGAAAAGGAUAAAAUCUUAGUCCAAAAAGAGAAUCCUGAGGAAGUGCCCACUGGUGUUCAACUUCAGCGUGAAGAAGCUCAGAAGCAGAAAACUGAAGAGGAAAAGAAAAAGCGAUUAGUAGAGCUUGAAGCAUGGAAGAAACAUAAAGCACUUGCAUGUGCAAUGAAACAGGCAGCUCAGUUAAAAGAGGAAGAAGAGAAGGAGAAAAAAAAGCAGAGAGAGCGUCAGCGGCAGCUUCAAAUGAGGUUGCUGUUGGAAGAUUAUACUAGAGAGAAAAAGGAACAGGAAGAGCUGCUGAGACUUGAACAAGAAAAGAGAGAGGAAGCUGAAAGGGAAGAGAGGAAAAGAACUGCAGCGGAAGAAAUUGUUAAAUUCCAAGAGCGAGAUCUGCAUAAACUUGAAUUGAAGGUUCUAGAAAAGCAGGCAAAAGAAGAUGAAAAGAUCGAAAAAGAAAAAAGAUUGUCUAAGCUGAGAAAGAAGGUUCACAUUAAUGUAACUCGAGAUCCAUAUAGGUUAUACAAACCUACAAAAGUUUGGGAAGAACGAACAAAAGAGAGUGGACCUAUAGGUGCAGGGCCAGUUUUGUAUAUUCCUCAUAGGGCUGUCCCAAGCUGGCGACAGGGAUUAUAAUUCGACAUCUGCAAAUAAUUUAUUUGAAGAUAUGUAACAGCACAAUUUAUUACUAUAUUAGUUUGUAUUACAUAUGAGAAAUGUUGUACAUACACAUAUAAAUGUUAUGUCAUGUUAAAUAAAAAUCAGGUAUACAUUGUUUUCAUUGUGUUAAAGUACUUUCAAAGGCUA